CACAGCACCAGCAGCAACCUACGCUGGCCCGUCGGCCCUCGACGCCCGUAGUCCGCCUUCCUAGGCGUGCCAUCUGUCCCGUGUCCGCCCGUGACGUCGGGGCGCAGCAGCGCGCCGGGUAUGGCGCUCUCGGCUAUCUCUCUCGGUUGGCUCGCUCGCCCUGCUCACCGCCGCGGCUUUGCUUCUGCCUGCGCCAAAAAUAGCUCGUCACGGUAUGCCUCUUUUUCUCUCACGUACGCACGCACCGCUGGCGCUGCUGGGGUGCGAACAAACAAGCAAAGUAGCUGCGGUAGUUAGGAGCUGGCUAGCAAUUAGUGGCUUUCUGGUGGAGGCGGAGAGUGAGGCUGAGGAUGAUGGUCAAAAGGUGAAAGAGGCCGCGAAGAUGCCUAGAGGGGCUGCAGCCUGGCAGGCGGUUAGUUACACUGCACCUUGCCCUGCCUCUGCUGGCCGAACACCCGCUGCAUCUGGUCUCACGCGUCCUUUCUCUCUCUCGUUCACUGAAACCGCACCAGCAGCAGCAGCAGCGCUCGGGCGAGCAAGCGUGCGUGCAUGCAUACACGGCAUUAACCACGGCGCCGAAGCGGAAUCAAAGCUACAAUAGGCAAAGCCGGAAGAAGCAGAAGAAGCGCACAGAAGGCGGCCUCGACGGCGGCGGCAGCGGCGACGUUGAGACGGGGCUGCGCUGCCCCAUCGACAGAAG